UCAACUGUUUUUCUGGUUCGUACCCAUGGUGGCAUACGUUGUGCACUGAAACGAAUGUGUGUUAAUAGUGUGCUGGACCUGAAUAUAUGCAAGAGAGAAAUUACAAUUAUGAAAGAGUUAUCUGGGCACAAGAAUAUUGUGAGCUAUCUGGAUUGUGCUGUGAACUCUCUAAGUGAUAACGUUUGGGAGGUGCUCAUUCUCAUGGAGUACUGUCGAGCUGGGCAAGUUGUGAAUCAGAUGAAUCAGCGUCUGCAGACAGGCUUUACUGAGUCAGAAGUUAUGAGAAUAUUUUGUGAUACGUGUGAAGCCGUUGCCCGGUUGCAUCAGUGCAAAACACCUAUAGUUCACCGGGAUCUGAAGGUGGAGAAUAUAUUGUUAAACGAUAGCGGCGACUAUGUUCUCUGUGAUUUUGGCAGUGCCACUAACAAGUUUCUUAAUCCUCAGCAAGAUGGAGUCAAUGUGGUUGAAGAAGAAAUUAAGAAGUAUACAACGCUGUCGUACAGAGCUCCCGAAAUGAUCAAUCUUUAUGGAGGAAAGCCCAUUACUACCAAGGCGGAUGUCUGGGCUCUUGGCUGCUUGCUGUAUAAACUUUGUUUCUUUUCGCUUCCCUUUGGAGAAAGUCAAGUUGCCAUUUGCGAUGGAAGCUUUACCAUUCCGGACAACUCCCGAUACUCUCCUAGUAUACACUGCUUGAUAAGAUACAUGCUUGAACCAGAUCAAGAACAGAGACCUGAUAUCUUUCAAGUAUCUUACUUUGCCUUUAAACUUGCUAAAAAGGAUUGUCCAGUGUCUAACAUGAAUAAUUCUCCUCUUCCUUCAACUCUUCCUGAACCCAUGACAGCUAGUGAGGCUGCUGCUAGAAAAAGCCAGAUAAAAGCAAGAAUAACAGACACUGUUGGACCAACAGAAACCUCAAUUGCACCCCGACAAAGACCAAAGGCCAACGCAAGCACUGCUACUUCUAAUGUGCUGACGAUUCAGAGUUCAGCAACUCCAGCCAAAGUACAAGUCCCUGGUGAAUUUGGUCAUCGUGGACAAAGAGGAGCCACACGCCCAGGAACCGGACAGGAGAUGUUGCAGUCCCAAGGGACGAACCAGCACCCCCCGCCGCAGAACAGGGUUCUCCAGCAGCUGCAGCAAGGCGACUGGAGGCUGCAGCAGCUGCACCAGUUACACCAGCAGCAGCCCAGCAUUCAGGAUGCUUACCUUCAGCAGUAUCAACAAGCAAUGCACCAGCAGAUGGUCCAGCAGCAGCUGUUGAUGCAGUCUGUGUACCAGCAGCAACCCUCCCAAUCGCAGUAUCCUGCUAUGGUGCAGCAAUAUCACCAGGUUCUCCUGCAGCAGCAGAUGCUUGCUCAACAGCAGCAGCGGUCGCGACAGGCACAGUCUCCGGAAUAUAUCGCUUCUCCACAAGACUUCUCGCCAGCCUUAAUCUCCUACCCCGGGUCCCUUCCAGUGCAUGCUGGAACAGUGGCGGACUCUCCCUACCCUGCAAGCAGGUCAGGUAUUCCUGAUGCCGAAGCAAUUGAGGGCUACCCGAAGCAGAGCAUCAAUAACCCGCCUGAUAUGUCAGGCUGGAACCCGUUUGGAGAGGAUAAUUUUUCCAAGUUGACAGAGGAGGAGCUACUGGACAGAGAGUUUGACCUGCUGAGAUCAAACAGGCUGAUGGAAAGGAGAGCAUCUUCAGAUAAGAAUGUGGAGCCACAUUGUGCCCCACAGAAAAAUCCUCCUGAAGAUCCCUUUGGUUCUGUUCCUUUCAUUUCUCACCCAGGUUCCCCUGGAAAACAAGCGGAUAACUCAUCCAGCAAUCAAAGAAGUAACUUAGGGACCCCGACCAAGGCUGGAAAACUGAGCCAUGCUUUUAGAGAUCCGCGGCCUGGGAGGAAAGCUGCAGAGAGACAAGAGACAAAAGGUGAGGAUGAGUCAGAGAGUGAUUUUGAGUCUGAUCCUCCUUCUCCCAAGAGCAGCGAGGAAGAAGAAGAACAGGAGGAUGAGGAAGUCUUGCAGGGAGAGAACGGAGACUUCAAUGAUGACAAUGAUACGGAACUGGAGAACUUAGGCCACCGACCUCUCCUCAUGGAUUCUGAGGAAGAGGUGGAAGAAGAGGAGGAAGAGAAGCAGAGUUCUGACUCCGAUUCUGAUCGUAACAAGCAAAAAACUGCGGAAGGGCUCCUGAGUGGUAGCUGCAGAGACGGUGUGGGCAGCGGUGAAAUCAAGGAACGCAGCUCCACACAUAUGUGCGUGUCAGAGGUGCUAGGCACCGUCCUCGAGGCAAACCCUGGCCAAGAAUUUGAUGUGUUUGGGGCGGUGCCCUUUUUCACUCUGCAGCCUCAGGCAAAGGAGAAGUUGGAGAAGGGGACUUCUCCUCAGGUGGCUUUUCCCAGCCUGAACCAAGAGCAGGAUGACUUUGACGUUUUCACAAAAGCCCCCUUCAGCAAAAAGGUAUCUCGGCAAGAUGGCCAGCUAGUGGGAACCGAGCCUCUGCUCUCCCCCCCCUCCCCACGGAGCCUCGAUAUUUUUGGCUGCACCCCGUUUCAGCCGUCCCUUCUGCCCAAGAGCGGUGAGAGUAAAGAGGACCUGUUUGGGCUGGUUCCUUUCGAGGAGAUUGCGGCGAGUCAGCAGCAGCAGAAGGUGAAGCAGCAGCGGAACCUGCAGAAACUGUCUUCCCGCCAAAGGCGCAUGAAACAGGAGGUCUCGAAGAACAACGGCAAGCGCCAUCACGGCACCCCAACCACCACGAAGAAAGCCUUGAAACCCAGCUACCGCACGCCGGAGAGAGCCCGCCGGCACAAGAAAGCAGGCCGCAGGGACUCGCAGAGCAGCAACGAGUUCCUCACCAUCUCGGACUCCAAAGAGAACAUCAGUGUCACGUUGGCCGACAGCAAAGACCGACCCAACCCACUGCAGGCAGACGAAGGUCUGCUGGAUCCUUUUGGAGCCAAACCCUUCCACCCACCGGACUUGAUGCGGCAUUCCCAGCAUCAAGGGUUUGGCGACGGCCGUGGGGAUCACGGUGCGGUGGUGGUGGCCGGAAGACCUUGGCAGAGCUCCUUGCACGGAGCGCUUCAUGGUGGGGACGGGCUGAAAACGGACGAUUUUGGUGCGGUACCUUUCACAGAACUGGUUGUGCAGAGCGUGCAAAGCCAGCAGCAGCAGGCGCUAGAGUUAGAUCCCUUUGGAGCAGCUCCCUUUCCUUCCAAACAGUGA